AUGUUCCAACGCCGCAAGUCGUUCCAAUCUGGGCCGUCGGCUUCCUCCUCGGCGCCCACGGGUUCGACAAGCUCAGGAACGAGCACUGUCCCAGGGCCGCCCAAGAAGUUGAUUCAAGUGCUCACGACGCGCAAGACGGUGCUCGUGCCUUCGACACUCACCAAGGCUGUGAAUAGUAGUCCGUCUUCAUCCAAAGUAGGGGUCAAGACGGCGGGUCCGUCGCUCAAGCACAGGGUCUCGAACGGUGCCUCAGCUGUGGCCACGACGACGACAUCGAGCAGCAGCAGCAGCAGCAGCAAAGCCAAGAACAACAACUCAUUAGCCGGACCGUCCUCAUCGAGCGACAAGUCAGCAAGAGCAAUCACAUCUGCUUCCAGCCCAAAGAAGCUCAACGGAGGCAGUGCGCAAUCGGCAUCUCCGAUCAAAAGGAAGGCCGAGGCCGUCGUUUCGGCCGAGGCAAACAAGCACAUCAAAUCCGCAUCCACUUCCCCGGCCCGAUCUCAGGCCGCACACAAAACCAAAAAGAGGGCUACAUCCUCAGCUCUCACUCGGUCCUCCUCGGACGUUGAUUCGUCCUCUUCGGCCGCGUCACCCAGCGAGGAGGAGGGCGAUUCGGACUCGUCGGAUUCGGACACGCCCAGAAACCGACGCCAGUCGACCCCGGUCGUCGAGCGAGACGUAUAUGAUGGAUCGGAAGCGGUAACAGAGGCGGAAAACAAGGGCACCUCGAAGAGGAUCGAUGCAUCCAAAUUGGUUAUGCUUAGUCGGAGCGCUUACAGAGAUUGUACGUUCUCCCCCGUCCUUGGAAGAGCCUCGCUCACUUGGCUCACCUUCUCUUAUCAUUGAACGGCAUGACAGAUUUUAUCGAUCCUAUUGAUCCAGAAAAGUCGAAUGUGCAAUGGUCGGGGAACGAUAUACCCACAAUCGAAUUAGAAUACCCGGGAAACGGCAGCGAAAAGUCGGUCAGAGUUGCGCGCGCCACAACUACGCAACAGUCACACAGAAACUUACAAGACCGGGUUAUCUUCUGCACAGAUUUUAUUUGCUGGCACCCAAAAAUGACAACGAAUACGAUCCCAUCGAGGACGUCAUGACCGUCAUUCGGACCGUCUUGGACGUCUUCCUAGCCCCGCCCCAAUCCCUCGCCCUCUUCGGCUACACCCCCGGUCUCAAUUCGUUCUCAGCUUUUCUUUCAGCGCCUCCUUCUCGCUCAGCGACACCCGGAACACCCACCGAUACGGGCACACCGUCUUCUGCUACAUUUCUCACCUCGACCUUACCUCCCUUGAUGCGACAGCUCGAGAAAGCCAAAGCGAAACGGGAUGGACCCGCGUUCAUUGCCGCGAUCGAGCGCUACAACGCCGGGAUCAAGGAGUUGAAGGCUAAUUCAAUCAUGAAACAAAACAUUCAGGGAUUGAAGGGUCUCAAGGAGAAGACUUGGACCAAGAUCGCGGCGCAGUCGUAUGAUCGAGCUGUCGGGCCUGGGUUGGACGAAUUGAGCAAGUACGAGGCCUUCUCCGAUAACGUCUAUGGCGAGCUGUUGCCUAAAUUUAUGAGCGAGAUGUAAGUCGGAUGCGCGGCCCGCAUGCCUUCAGCUGUACUCUGAACUGAUUGAUGAUUCUAUGAUCUUGCAGCUUUCAAAAGACCAAACUCGGCCCCGGAUCCGUCUUUGUCGACCUCGGUUCCGGCGUCGGCAACUGCGUUGUCCAAGCCGCUCUCGCAACUGGCUGCGAAGCUUGGGGCUUCGAGAACAUGGCACAUGCGUCAUCGCUCGCUCGGGCUCAAGUGGUCGAAGCUGAAACGAGGCACAAGUUGUGGGGCGUCAGCGCGGGCAAGAUGGAAGUUAUCGAGGCCGAUUUCUGUGAACAUCCCUUGGUAGGCCAGGUUCUCAAAAGGGCUGACGUGAUCCUCGUCAAUAACGAAGUGUAAGCUUCGCAUCACGAGAUCUUUCUGCUUGGGCGUGCUGUUCAGACUGACCCGCUUCGGCCCACUUGUACAGAUUCUCCUCACUCUUGAACCAGCGCCUCUCCCUCCUCUUCCUCGACCUCGCCUCCGGCACCCGCAUCGUAUCUCUCAAAGCCUUCGCCCAUUCAUUCAAUCUCUCAGCCCACAAUCGUCAUUCCCCUUUAGCGAUCCUCGACCAAGGACAACCUUUGACGUACGGGCGACAGAGCGUGAGUUGGAAAGAGGAAGGAGGGAAAUACUUCAUUGGGCGGAUCGAUCGGGAGAAAGUGGCCAGGUUCGACGAGAAGGAGCGGAGGAGGAGGGAGAAGAGGGAGAAGGCGGAGAGGGUGGAAAGAGGGUCGGAGGAGAACGUGGGUUGA